CCCAAACUUCCAAAGUGUAGACCCAACCAACGGCAAACCUCCGACCCAAGCCACUUCCCCUCAAUCAGAAUUCAGACUCCACCAUCACUAGACGUGAUACCCCACUCCGAUAUUGCACUUACGAGGUAAGCAUGAUAGCAUUCGUUUCUGUACAUUCAGAUGUCUGAACCUUUUAUGUUCAAAAGUUUAUUUGCUUUCACUUCGAAAUUUGAAACUGCAGACGUUUAGUUGUUGAUCGUUUUAAUUUGAUAAUCUAGUUGCUUGACGCAUUUGACUAGAAAUUGUGAGCGUUGAAAAUUGAAAUCCUGAUUAUUUAGAUUACUGGAUUGGAAACCCUAGUUAGGAUGGUAUCUCAUGAUUUCAAGUCAAUGUGUUAACUUCGGCCUUACUAAAUUGUUGAUCUAUGACGUCAUGAACGAUAGGACAACCAGUUAAUCUGACGAUGGUGACCAUUUUUUUGAUCUCACUACAGGACGAUUUUUGAAGUCAGUUAGACUAUGGGUGAUAGCCAGUACUCUUUCUCUCUAACAACUUUCAGUCCUUCUGGGAAGCUUGUUCAGAUUGAACACGCCCUAACAGCUGUUGGCUCUGGUCAAACCUCUUUAGGAAUUAAAGCUGCCAAUGGUGUUGUAAUUGCGACAGAAAAGAAAUUACCAUCCAUUUUGGUUGACGAAACAUCUGUGCAAAAGAUUCAGAUAUUAACUCCUAACAUUGGGGUGGUAUAUAGUGGCAUGGGGCCCGAUUCUCGAGUUUUGGUUAGAAAAAGUCGGAAGCAAGCUGAACAGUAUCAUAGACUAUACAAAGAACCAAUCCCAGUUACACAACUUGUGAGGGAAACUGCUGCUGUUAUGCAAGAAUUUACUCAGUCAGGUGGUGUAAGACCUUUUGGUGUUUCACUUCUUGUUGCUGGAUUUGAUGACAAGGGUCCUCAACUAUAUCAGGUGGAUCCCUCAGGUUCAUACUUUUCCUGGAAAGCUUCAGCCAUGGGAAAGAAUGUAUCUAAUGCCAAGACGUUUCUAGAGAAGAGGUACACCGAGGAUAUGGAACUUGAUGAUGCAGUACACACCGCAAUUUUGACAUUAAAGGAGGGAUUUGAAGGACAAAUAUCUAGCAAAAACAUUGAGAUUGGGAUUAUUGGCACUGACAAAGUAUUCAGAGUGUUGAUACCCGCAGAAAUUGAAGACUACCUACAAGAAGUCGAAUAGUUAUUAACUUAUUAUUUUGUUUUUGGUUGAGCCUCUACAAAAUCUUCCGAGAACUUUUGAUUUCUUUUUUGGUUGCAAAAUUCCUGAUCUUUUCUCUCAAAAGUGUUGGAAUUUAUAAUAUAGAUUAAAUGUUCUUUGCUGUUAAAUAUGCAUGGUUCCAGGGUGUCUCUUACAAAAGUUUCAUGUUGUAGGCCUUUUAGUUUAAUAAAAGUUGAUAAACCAUGGCAGAAUAUUUGAUUUCAUAUAUUAAUGAUUAAUCAUAAGUGUUUUAUAGGUGG